UUGGCUUGAAAAGGUGAUACUUCUUAUAGGCUGAAACAACUGCUUCACAUUACUUAAGGGUUGACUGCUUUGUCAAGUGUAAAGAUAGUGAGAAUUGUUCAGGUUGAUUUUGGAGUUAGUUGGUGCCCUUAAAGCUAUCAAAAUGAGCUGCUUUACAUUCCUGAAGGUCAUGAUGAUUUUGUUUAACCUGGGCAUAUUUCUUGGAGGAUCAACACUACUGGGCAUUGGGAUCUGGGUCAGUGUUGACAGUAAAUCCUUCCUCCAGAUAUUUGGUCCUGUAUCCACCAGUGUCUUCCAAUUUGUGAAUGUUGGCUACCUCCUCAUUGCCCUUGGAGCUGUUCUGUUCCUGCUGGGUUUCCUAGGAUGCUGUGGAGCUCAGAAAGAGAGCAAGUGCCUUCUGAUCAUGUUCUUUACCAUUAUCCUGAUCAUCUUCAUAAUUGAAGUUACUGCUGCAGUAGUAGCUUUGGUGUACACAUCACUUGCAGAGACUAUAUUGCAAGGAACAGUGACACAAUUAUUAAGAGAUGAGUAUGGGAAAUCUAAACCAGUUACUGAAGUAUGGAAUACUACAAUGACCGAAUUGCAGUGCUGUGGUCUAUCAAAUUACACAGACUUUAGUAAUUCCUACUAUUACCUCAAGGAAAAUAAUACGUAUCCAGCACAAUGCUGCAACUCUUCCAUUCCUUGCAAGGCAUCUGAAGCUGAAACCACGGCAGUGAAGGGCUGCUUCUCUCAGUUACUGCAUGAAAUUCGUAAGAAUGCUGGUGUAGUGGGUGGAGUAGCGGCUGGAAUCUGUGUGCUAGAGAUUGCAGCAAUGACAGUGGCCAUGUACCUUUAUUGCCAGCUGGAUGAGAAGUGACCGGGAUAGGAGAAGGAAAGGAUUACCUUGCCACAAAGCAAGCAUAUAAUGUACAUAGCAACACUUUCUUAACCUGUGUCUACAGCAAUCAAACAUUUCUUGGGCCUGAAGCAUGAAUGUAUAAUUAACCAAUUGACUCUACCAAGAUGGAAUCUGGAGCAUGUACAUAAAUGAAAUUGUGAAAAGUGAUAUGAUAAGAAAACUCUUGUAACAUAAAGGGCUCUUGAGCUGA